AUGCAGCGUCUACCCACUCUGCUGCUGGAAGAACUACAGCAGCAAGGAGCGGUCGAAGCUCAAGAGGAAGACCGAGGAGCUGGAGGCACGUCAGCAGGAGGAGGAACAAUGGCAUCGGCAGCAUCAUCCGCGCGAAGUGAGACAUCAUUCCCAUUCCCCUCGGCCUCAUUCCUCCCACCGUCACCAACACCAGCCAGCCUCCUCGGCCAGAGUGCCAGAGUUCCGAAACGGCCAACUCUACAGAUACCGGGACGUGAGGGAGGACGAGGAGAUCGAAUUGAGCCCAGCCUCGAGCCACAGCAGACGUCAGCCAUCACACGAUCGGGACCGGGACAGACAGCGUCGGGAUCGCCACCACGGCCACCCGCCUCCCCGACGUUAUCACCACAGCUCCUAGGAGGGCAUAUUGGGCCCGAUGCCAACUUUUUGAUCACCAGGCAGGACUCCAUGAAAGACUACAAAUCAGGGCAGCAGGAAGCCAUGAAAGCACAGUUGCAAGGCCUAGUAUCAUCGAGUCCGUCACCAAUCCGAGUUCCUAGUCUGCCACCGUCUUUCGGCAGCAAGCGACAGGACUCAGUCCUGAUCACUCCGGCAUCAGAGAGAUCCCACUACUCAUACACCGAGAUACCUGAAACAUCGACAUCUGAAGCAUCAACAGCGAGCAGCUUCGCCUAUCACCUGCGGAGAAAGGAGCCCGAUACUCGUCUCCUGAAGAAGAAGAGCAAACCAUCUCAGCACCUCAUCAAGAAGCCUCUCAUUCUCAAACCAGUACCGGGACCAGCACGCUCGCCAUCAUUCUACAAGCCGAAGGUGGUCGACGACACCGGUUUUGUCGAAUCUACCACGGCUGGCAUACGCGCGCCGUCUCCACCAGACAAGCCGUUCGCCUUGACGCUGACCAAGUCCAUGCGCGUGGACUCCGGUCCGCCCAUCAAACCACUCAGGAAAGCACAGACAUUCGAAUCACAGCCGGCGGCCAAGCCUUCUCUAAUGUCGCUACAGAUCCCAACGCCGGCUAAGAAAUCACCGAUCUCCUUCUCGCGCUCAUCCUCUUCAUUACAACGUCCAGAAGCACCCACUCGGCAGCUACGCUUCCAGAGCCCACAGAUACUCGAGUUCAGCCAUAGCGAGUCAGCAAAUACCCUUGCGCCUAUGCUACCCCCGAAGGAUCGCCCACGCAGACCUUCGUUUGCGGUUGAUCAGAUUCCCGAGCACAAACCUCGCUUUCAUGCGGUCACGCCCAUCAAGCUGGUACCUGGCACGCCAAGCAAACGAUCUUUCCACCCCGAUGGCUCCUAUUUCCCCAUCCUCGGUAUUGAUGCUAUGCCUGACAGGGGGUUUGUCCCGCCAAGAUCUCCAGCACCAUUGACGCCUGCCGAGUCCAAGACAGAGGCUCCCGAGCUUCCUCAGCCAGAAUCUGCUCCAAUGCCAAAACGCAGUCUCAGUCUGAUCAAAAGAGUUACAAUGUCCUCGCCUAUCAGACCAUCGAUCGGGAGCAUGAAGCCGCGAAAGCAGAGUCGUAUGUUCAGCAUUUUCCGCAAGACACAGUUCGAAGAUGAAGUCAUUGAAGAGAACACCGGAAUCAUGCCCUCGGCGCCGCCAUCGCCUUUUAUGACACCAGCGACACCAGGUAUCAAGAUUCAUAGCCCUGUCGAGCCCGGCACCGACAAACGCAGAAUGUCCAGCAUUGUGCCAGAUCUAUCGUACUUUACACGCCCAAAGGCUCGUCGGAAUCAGAGCGACAGCUCUACUUCGCGCUCGCCCGGUACAUCACCGAUGAACACCGUUGCCGAUGAUGAUCUGCCAGCUGUGCCACGUUUUGGCGGACGGACCCGAGGUCACAAUCGCUCGUCAUCAGAACAGCUCUCGCCCAGGACAACAUCUCGAGGACGAUCGAGGUCUCGACACACGCCGAUGCUCGAUCAUCUGGGCGGCGAAUCUGUACAACAACGAUCACCGUCUUCAGAUGAGUCACCACGCCUCACUGUUCCGCCCACGCCGGAACAUCGAAGAAUUGAAGGUAGUGGUUCUGCUCGCGCUGUCGACCAGGUGACUGUGCCGAGCCCAGGCGAUGACAUCGAAUCGCCUCCGGCUGUGGACACGGCCGAUAUGGCAGCCGUGGUAAAGCAAAACGUUGCUGUAAAGAAGAAGGCCAGUGUGUUCAGAGGCUUCUUCCUCGAUCUGCGCAAGAUGUCUUCUGCCGAUAAGAUAUCUCUUGGUGAAGACGUGCCCAUCACUCAAGCUGAUCGACACCGUUUCGCAAUGAUCCCAAAGGUCUCUUUGCCUGUGCUGAAAUUCCGAGCUUCCAUGGCUACCUUUUCCACACGACGAUUCCGGCGCAAUGGUGGACGUCUGCGGCAGACAGGUAAUGCCGAGACGGCAGGCAGAAAUGGGAAGGACAACAGCAGCGAUGAAGAUGCACAGACUUCAAGCGAUCAAGCAGCGCCCAACAGCUCUGCAGUGGAGCAACCUCAUGAGAAUGUAGAGCCACCCAAGAUCACCGCUGCAGAUCUUGUAGUGACGCAUUUUGAGACGACACCAUUCAGCCAGCGAUAUCACGACGCACGCAAAGCGGAGGUGCAACACAUUCGAUCACUCAUUGAGGACACCCUCGACGAGGACGACGAAGAGGAUGACGACAUAGUCCUAGGGUUCGAGCAAAACGUUCCUGAGCAUUUCCCCAACUCACCGCUCUGUCCGCUUCACCCGAAGCACAAGAGUGGAGGCAAAGCAAUCUGUCCUCAGCAUAGGCGCUACAGAAAGAGCAAUGCCGCGAGAGUGGUCAAAGUCGGACCUGCUAGAAGCAACCGCGUGAUCAACUAUACCAUGAUCGCGCCACGAGAAUCUCAACAAGCAUCACCUCAGACGACAGUAUUCGGGAACCCGCCAUGGGGUGUCACAGCCGCUAAGGGUGAGGAGGUUGCCAGAGUGGGAGGUCGCAUAGGCAGCGAUUGUGCUAUCAAAUUAUUGGAAAAUCCGCCAGACAAUACCUUGGCCAUGAGGGAGGAAGCUGCUAGAGCACGGAGACGCAUGGGAAGCGAUGGAGCUUCUAUGAUCUCGUCGGCGAGCAGUAAAGAAUGGUCUCACAUGCGGAAGGCAGUCUGGGCUAAGAACUCGUGGACUGCAGCCGAAAGCCGAGGAAGAACACUGCAGAGGAACGCAUGGGGCUCUGCGAGAAGACCACGGAGGCGUAGAAUCCAUCGUCGGUGA